CUCCUAAGCACUAAGAAAAAAAACUACUCCACGACCUCCAGAAACCCCAUGUGUGCGAAUCACUCCAUCGGGCGCGAACCAUCCGAGGCAUUGUCAUCUUCUCGGCGACUCCCCCCCACCAUUUUAUUUGCAGCACAUCAUCGUAGCAACCCCCGAUUCCUCCCAGAUGAGAUGCAGCUCCAGGUUGCAACACCACACCAAAAUCGCACGUCGCGCGUGAAGUCGGAUUUAACACUUCCCGGCCAUUGGACGGCACUUGAGAGCAAAAGCCGGCAGACUGACGGGAUGACGAAGAUCCCAAACGGGACCGAAGCGAGCCGGUCAGAUCACUCUGUAGUGGAGAUCGUUGCCGCUUGAGGCCUCUUGCAGGUCUUGGCCCCGAAUGAGAGGCGGCACACACGUACACACGCAAACGCGCAUCCACACAUCCACACGCUCAACCACGAGCUCCUCAACCAACCCCACGUGCAACCCGAGCUGUGCCGCAGCCCUGCAUUCCUCGGAAUGAGGCUUAAUCUGCUUCUUGGAUUUCGUAUUGGAAACCGAGUACGUACGGCCUUGCUUGAGUCGCAUUGCAGAAGAACCACUUACCUCCUCUCUUCAAAGGGGAGAGAGGGGCUGCAUUGAUUGGCGCGGUCUAGAACCAAUAUCAACCAUCUCUCUCACUUAUCACGUUACGUCGUUGCUGUUUUACAUUCCGCCCCGCGGAAAGAUCCGCAUCGUAAUGUACCUUUCGAGCCACCUCGGGCUCUACGAAGGCCAAGUCUUGACCACUUGGCCUGGCGCGGACGGACGCAGCCGAAAGGAAAUCCACGUGGGUUGUCGCCCUCGCAGCCUUCUCCUUCUUUCAGCAAGCCCUUUCAUAUCUAUGUGUCCCAACUUAUAAUCCGUUUCUGCCUCUGAUGGACAAGGUGCACUUCCUUGGUGCCUCAGAUUUGGCGUUCUCCUACAAAACCGUAAGGAGCGAACGGCGCUCCGAUCUGUCGAUACCACUACAGGCCGUUCGUCGCCCGGAUGUGGCUGAUGUGUAUCUCGCACAAGUCUUUGUCCCGUGGGCUGAUCUUUGGGGAAACGGUGUGAUCAUGGUGCUUCCAUAAGCCAGAACGACGCCACGAAGGCUUCUCCUCCCCUGAUCCAUCGGGACUCGGUGCCUUCGGGGGGUGUGUGUUGUGUGUUGUGUGGACGAUCACGGCAGCGGCCAGCUCUAGGCCCUCCGGACGACAAGACAACACUAUCCAUUUGCGGCAAAUGGUGUGCUGUGGCUCGGUGUUCUUCGCAUUCCUGAUCUUUUUACGGGUCGGAGGCUGCCUUCUCAGCCCUAGUUAGAGUGCGCCUUCGACUGCAUGCGUCAAACAUUCGCCCGCUACGACAACCACAUGUCGAUUGAGCCCCCGGCCUGGGCAACGCUGGUGUCAUCCAUGGCGGCGAAAUACGUCUAGCAAGGCGUGUCGAGUUUCUGAGGGGGUUGUUAUAACUACCUACGAACUGACCCCACAUCGUUUUCGCGAACCCUUCGCAUUUCUUCCAGGUAACCAACUUCACGAGACACGCCAGAGUCAGAAACGCAUAUCCAACGGAUUGCGUUUCCCUAGAACGUCAGCAUGGAGUCACCACAGCUCUCCCCCGAGGAGCUGGCGAGGGACAGGUCGCCCAUUGUCCUGGGCGUUACAUCCAUGUGCAUGGUCAUCGCCACGAGUGUGUUGGCCCUCCGGCUUUGGACGCGAUUUCACGUUGUCAAGAAGGUCGGCGUGGACGAUUAUGCCGCGACUUUCUCCUUGUUGUCGGUGUUGGGAUGUGGAAUCUCCAUUGCAGUCAUGACACGAUACGGUCUCGGAAGACACGAACAGACACUCACAAUGGACCAAAUGAUCAAGUUUUCAAAAUGCUUUUGGUGUUCCGUGUUCUUCUACAGCCUGAGCCACUUGUCCCUUAAGAUGUCCUUCCUACUCCAGUAUUACCGUGUGCUGUGCACCACCCACAUGCGAAAAGUCUACAUCGUAGCAAUGGUCAUCGUCGGGUCGUGGGGCACCAGCGUUGUGGUCAUGUCCUUCAUCUUCUGUAUCCCUCUCGAGGGCUUCUGGGAUCACCGCGUCCCCGCCAAAUGCUUGGGCCAGCAGGUUCUGUUCUACGCCUUCGGGGCUUGCAGCAUCGCCACAGAUAUCAUCAUCUUCCUCCUGCCAAUGCCCGCGCUCUUCACACUCAAGAUACCUCGUUCUCAAAAGCUAUAUCUCCUGGGGAUUUUCAGCCUCGGCUUCCUAAUUGUGGCCAUUUCCGUCAUUCGCCUCCAGUUCCUCAAGAUCCAGCCCGACUUCACUUGGUACAACGUCGAGCCCGCUAUGUGGUCAAUCAGCGAGCUCACGGCGGCAAUGGUCUGCCUUUGCCUACCCCCUCUCAAGGCCCUGGCCGCGCGGCUGGGCCUCCUGGCCACCCGCACGGGGAACACGUCGCAGCGAAACAGCCGCAACUUCGGCGGGCCGUCGUCGACCGCGCCGCUCUCGCCCAGUCCCAAGACUUUUGAUAGCCCUCCUGGCGAGAAGCCCGGCACCUUUGAUAACUUUGUGGUGGAGUCUGAGCAGUUCAGCAACGGAAUGAUACGUCCAACUCCCGCGCUCGCAGUAUAAGUAGCAUGUAGGGGAUGAUAGGCGCUGUAUUUACGAUUCAUGAGAUGAUGCAAUUUGGAAUGGCAUGUCCAACUGGUUAGAGUCAUACUGAAAUGGAUGGAAAGGUGGAUUUCAUUAUUAAAGACAUUAGGGAUGCAUAAUAGCAUAAUCGUCGACU